GACAUAGUUACGGUAUGUAAACGACCGUCGAUGCUUGGUGGGUAUAGAUUAUGGUCUCUCCAUUCAAAAUGGAGGCAGGAUUUACUCACAGAAAACGUGGAUCUGCGCUCGAGGUCUUCAAACAAGCGUGACUUUGCCGUCGACUCGAAGGCGUCGUGCCGAGCGUUUGUUGCCAUAGUGACGCAAGCUGAGUGAGUGGAAGACAGACGAUUUUUUUUGCGACCGACGUAAACACUGCAUGUCUGUAUGUAUCGUGUUAUGCAUGUAGUAUAUUUUGCCGGCACAAGCGUAUUUUCAGACGCAGGGGAUUUGUGUUAUCUUGGUGACAGGCUCAGUAUCCAAGGAAACAGAAAGACGUCGUCUGCGCUAAUGCAGCCAAGGCUUUAGCGACAUCUGGGGCUAGAAGACUACAGCAUCGGUGUACCGACUACAGUGUUAUUGAAUGGUUAUCCGCAAGGCGCCCAGUGUCUACUAUAAACCCAGCGACCGGUGACCACUCCAGCUUUCAGUGUGCAUGUAAAACAUGUACACAGCGACAUGACAGCAGUAUACAGGACACACCAGACAACUACAACGUACAAUAUACUGCAGACAAACACGGGUAUACACACGUGUGUGUGGACGUUUUAGUACAACACAGCAGUCUACUUGGUUAUACUUCUGAAAUGUGGAACUCGCUGUUGAGCCCUCUAUCACGAGGACAAGGGAAGCAAAACGGAGCUCUGAAGGUUGUGGACAAAUCUGAGGAAUACUCGGUCCCAUCCUUCCUGCCCUCCCUGGUGCCCCCCGAGAAGACAGUAUGGCAUCUCCCAUCCCGGUUGGCGCGGGACGAUGGUGAGGUGGUCCUCCCCAGGACGUACCUCACCCGCCGGGGUCCCUUACUCCUCUUCACCACCCCGGACAUGCUCAUGGCCGAGCAGCAGGGCGAACAGCACCGCCCCAGGGCGUCCCGUCACCGCCUGAAGGGCACGGAGCCAGGCGUUACCCUGGGCACCGUGGACGGGCUGAUCGAGUCGGUACUGCAGUUUGGACUUGAAGAGGCGGCGGACGAACCGAAAGGCAAAACGUUCCUGCGUUUCCUGAAGGGUCUUGACGAGAGAAGUAUCGACAUGCGGGCCCAGCCUGGAGGAGACCUGGGGGUCUAUCUCAGACAUCUCAAGUCAUCUGCAGGACGUCCCAAGUUUUCACGAGAGUCAGACUCCAGCCAGUACUACAGCGACAACAGCAGAACUCUGAGUGGGGACUUCGGGCCCAAAGGACACAGUCGGUCAUACAGCUCUGGAGUUGGAAUGAACAACAAACUUUCCUCCGGGCAGCUGUUAGCCUCGCUCCAGUCGGCUGGGUCCUACCUCGGCCGUCCGUUCAGCACUGCGCAGGCGCAAGACUUCGCCUCUCGAACCUCCAACUACGCAGACGACGAGUCGGACUCGGAGGGAUAUCUACUCACCAAAGGUCACAGGUCACAUCAUCAUGACCACGGGUUUAAGGUCGGAGGUGAAGGUUCAAAGGUUAAAGGGAUGGUGAGGAAGAAAACGCAUCGGUUACCUGACUCCCAAUCGUUUUCCCGCCAAAUUUCAGGCCAGUUUUACGAACAUGAUGACGCAAUCCAAUCAGACGACAGUUCCAGUAGCUCAGGCCUGACGUCUAGUAAGUCGACGUUCCGAAAUAAGAAGUCAACAAAGAAGAGCAGGGCUAGUCCAUCGUCUGCGAAGUCAAGGUCUUUUCCUGGUCACCUUGAAAGACUUGAUUCAGAUGUUCGAGAUAAUACCGAGAGUCCCCAGUCCCCGACGAUAGCCCCUCCACCCCCCUCGGUCAUGGAAUCUUCCGGACAGGAGGAUCCUGGGAACGAGCUCGAGCAUCAUGGGAUUGGGACGAAAAUACACGCGGAAAUGUCGCAAGAAAGUGAGCAAGAUGAUAUCAGUCGUCUUAAAGACACUCAGUCAAGGUCAACGUCAACGACGUCAUCUCGUCGUCAGAGACGAUCACGGGGACUUGCCAGCGGAAACGGAAGUGACGUAGGCAAUAAAAGCCCGCGUAAAGAGCGCAUUGACACCGGUUAUGAGACAGCGGAGCAACCAGAUACAACCGGGAGGCUUUUACGUCAACAAGAACAAAAUGAAGAUGAUCAAAUAGAUGGUCCUACUAGGAGGAUUCUAGAUAACAGACAAUCGUCGUUCCAUUCGUCGGACGUAGAUUCGAUAUUUCAAGUCGCUUCCCGUCCGGAGUCAAGAAAUAAUGUUCAGCAAAAUGACGUAGCAGACACCGAAGAGGAGUCAGAAGAGAGAUUCCGUCAAAACGUCGAAUCACUGAGACCACUGCUGCCACAAUACACAGUCGACAGCCUGGCGAGAAAAACUUCCUUCACGUUGCAGUCUUCCCUGCCCGAUGAAAACACGGAGGUCGUCCUGGAGCCCGUCGAGGUUGCCAUGUUACCCCACGCCCCGCGAGAAGUCGCGAGAUCUCGCAGUGUCAGCCAGAGCACCAUUCGUACUAUUCGCUCGUUCCUCUCCGGAGAGGCGGACGACGACGAUAGCACGGAUGGUAACGAUCUGGAGACUGGAGGUGGAUUUACCGACAGAACAAAUAUUUUAGAGCGAAACACAGACGACCAAGUGGACGGUCCAGUUACGAACACCCCCGGACCUGAAGGUGUGCAGUACGCUACGCGGACGUUAGAGGUCGCUGCAGACCCUACCAAAGCGCCUGCUGUUUCGGGUACCCAACAGGUGCAAACCAGCAGUGUUUCCAUAAAAGACAUUGAUCCGGACGAAAAGGCAGCUAUUCUCGCCAAAUUAGGCUACGGAACCCCAACUACUUCUAGCAAAGACAGCUUUGAAAAAGAAGAGGAAUCAAAACAGUCGCCAGAUCACAAGCCUUCAGUCACAGAACGCGAAUCCCUUCCGCAAAACACAACGGAAGACUCCACCAACAUGCAGCAGCAAGAGACAAAAGUGAAGAAAGGCCCCAUUUCCAUCCCGUCUGCUCCGUCGGGCGAAGAUACAGCUUCAGCUGAAAAACCUGCCGCUGCCGCAAGGAGGCGCCUCAAUUCCACCGAGCGGGCAGCGCUGAUGGCCAAACUUGGCAUGGCCGACGACGUGUCUGCGGAAAAGGACGCUGAUGUUAAAGAGGGGGAGCCACAAAAGUCACCCGGCCGCAAGGCAACUCAGGUGCCUAAACCAGGGUCGAAACCCGGUUCCCGAAAAGCAGCACGACAGAAACAACCGCCCAAGAAAAAGAACGGGAAGAAGAAAGACAGCGACGCCAAAACUCCCGAAAACGCCAAACCGGCGGUGGUGGGUAGUCUGGACAUCGCCGGUGUGGAGGGAGAGAGAGGUGACCGGGAGGAGUGGCUAGCAGAGGAUCCAGAGGAUGUCCAGAAUGACAUGGCUGAAGAAAGGGUGGAAGGAGAAGAGAAGGGCGACAAGAAGGCAGAAAAGGAAAGUAAGAAAAAACGAGCGCAAGAGCUGAAGAAAGAACAAGAGGAGCUAAAACAGAAGAUGCAGGAGGACAAAAAGCGCCGUGAAGAGGAACAGCGCAUGCUGAAGGAAAGGAUUCGAGAAAGGGAGGAGGCAAAGAGACGCGAAGACGAGGAAAGAAGGCGACAAAUAGAGGAACAACAGACGGCGGUUGAGAUGGCGGAAAUGGACGCGGAGGAAGCGGCACGUAUGGAGGAGGAGAGCAAACGACUUCUCGCCGAGUCUCGGAAAAAAGCGCGAGAAGAGAGAGAAGCCCGGCGGAAGGCAGACCAGGAGAGGCGGCGGGAAGAGGCGCAGAGAAGGCGGGACGAACAGAAACAGAUGCAACUGGAGGCCCAGGAGCGUGAAGAGCGCAUGCGCAGGGCGAUCGGAGACGCCGAAGAAAGACGAAGAUUGGCGGAGAUCGAACGGAAACGGAGAGAAGAGGAAGAGCGGAGACUGGAGGAGGAACAGAGAGCUGAGGAGGAGAGGAUGAGAAGAGAAGCCGAAGAAGAAGAGGAGAGAAUACGGGCGGCUGAGAGAUCGGCAGAGGAAGAAGAAAUGAGAAAAUUGGCCAGAGAACGGAGGGAGGCGGAAGAGCGAAAACGACUGGCUAAAGAGGAAGCGGAGAGGAAGAGGAGGGAGGAUGUUAAAAAGAAAUUCCUCCAGGAGUUAAAAGAGCAGGAGGAAGCCGAGAAGCGCCGCCAGGCGGAACUUGCGGAACUGCAGCGCCUGGAGGAGGAGCGGCAGCGGCGGUUGGAGUUGGAGCAGCUAGACGCCGAACGGCGUGAGCAGGCCCGUCUGGAGGCUGAGCUGGCGCGGGAGGAGGAGGCCAGGCGGCAGGAACACAACCUCAACAUGCGGAAAAACCUCGCCUUCGUACGGCACGGACAGGAGUUCACCAAGCCCUGGGUGUGGUCAUAUUUCAAGAACGUCCCUAUGGAGGUACUGAGAGAACCGUACGUCAAAGAGGACCCCAAGAAAAACUGGAAGCCGAAACCCAAACCGAAGAACCCGGCUCCAGAGGUCUAAAUUCCCGGUCACACAUUCUGAACCUUCCCCCGAACUGAAGUUCGGGAACAGUCUGACCAGAUUUAGGCCACGCCUACACCGAUACGAAUUGAAUCGAAUUUGAGUUAAAUUUGAGUCAAAUUAGACCACCCGAACACGCCUCUCUACUCCUAACCAUGGUUGGGGGAGUUAGGCAGUGUUUGGGAGACGAUAUUCGACUAUACGUAACAGGGACUUAACGGAACAAAUAGUUUUAUAACUGUGUUUGUUUUAUUCGAAUGUUGCACUACAUAAAUGCACGAUUGCUGCUGUAAAGUGUUUUUAUCAUGACGUGAUGUUGCUAUGGCAAUAACGUAUCAAUAUUUUAAGUGCACAGUAAGAUGUGAAAUAUAGUGUUUUA